UGCUGGAAGGGAUCAGGAUUUGCAGGAAAGGCUUCCCCAGCAGAGUCCUCUAUGCUGACUUCAAACAGAGAUACAGAGUACUUAAUGCCAGUGCUAUCCCAGAGGGACAGUUCAUGGACAACAAGAAGGCUUCAGAGAAGCUUCUUGGGUCCAUUGAUGUUGACCACACCCAGUACAGAUUUGGUCACACCAAGGUGUUCUUCAAAGCCGGACUAAUAGGUGUCCUGGAGGAGAUGAGAGAUGAGAAACUGGCAGAGAUUAUGACCAUGAUACAAGCCAGGUGCAGAGGCUUCCUGAUGAGAGUGGAGUACCAGAGAAUGGUGGAAAGGAGAGAGUCCAUCUUCUGCAUCCAGUACAACGUUCGUUCAUUCAUGAAUGUCAAACACUGGCCAUGGAUGAAGCUGUUCUUCAAGAUCAAGCCCUUGCUGAAGAGUGCAGAGUCUGAGAAGGAAAUGGCCAACAUGAAGGAAGAGUUUGAGAAAACCAAGGAAGAGCUUGCAAAGUCUGAGGCAAAGCGGAAGGAGUUGGAGGAGAAAAUGGUGGCCUUGGUGCAGGAGAAAAAUGACCUGCAGCUCCAAGUGCAGGCAGUGAGUAUCACUGUUCAUUUUUCCCUGGAAAAAGGAUGAUACCAUCCAAUGUGU